GAAGAUGGCGGCGGUGGUGGAGGUGGAGGUUGGAGGUGCCGCCGGCGAACGGGACCUGGAGGAGGUUGAUCUUUCAGACCUGUCCCCUGAGGAACGAUGGAGGAUCGAGCACGCACGGAUGCACGCCAAGCACCGUGGCCACGAGGCCAUGCAUGCAGAGAUGGUCCUCAUCCUCAUCGCCACCCUGGUGGUGGCACAGCUGCUCUUGGUGCAAUGGAAGCAGAGGCAUCCACGAUCCUAUAAUAUGGUGACCCUCUUUCAGAUGUGGGUUGUCCCCCUCUAUUUCACAGUGAAGCUACACUGGUGGAGGUUCCUAGUGAUCUGGGUCCUGUUCUCUGCUGUUACCGCCUUUGUUACUUUCCGAGCUACUCGAAAACCUUUGGUGCAGACAACCCCGAGGCUGGUUUAUAAGUGGUUCUUGCUAAUAUACAAAAUCAGCUAUGCCACUGGAAUCGUCGGCUACAUGGCUGUGAUGUUCACUCUCUUUGGGAUUAACUUGUUAUUCAGAGUCAAACCAGAAGACGCAAUGGAUUUUGGGAUCUCCCUCCUGUUUUAUGGCCUUUACUAUGGAGUCCUUGAGCGAGACUUUGCGGAAAUGUGUGCAGACUACAUGGCUUCCACAAUAGGAUUCUACAGUGCAUCAGGGAUGCCUACCAAGCAUCUGUCAGACAGUGUCUGUGCAGUGUGUGGCCAGCGGAUCUUCGUGGAUGUCAAUGAAGAGGGAAUCAUUGAGAACACAUACAGACUGUCCUGCAAUCAUGUAUUUCACGAGUUCUGCAUCCGUGGAUGGUGUAUCGUGGGAAAGAAGCAGACAUGUCCUUACUGCAAAGAGAAGGUGGAUCUCAAGCGGAUGUUCAGUAACCCAUGGGAGCGGCCUCACGUCAUGUAUGGACAGCUGCUUGACUGGCUCCGCUACCUUGUGGCCUGGCAGCCGGUCAUCAUCGGGCUGGUACAAGGAAUCAACUAUACCCUGGGUCUGGAGUAACUCCAUGGAGCAGAAGGGAAGUCGGGGCACAGGGGUCUGUGGCCAGCAGCCCGAGGCCCAAGGCCCUGGGCCACACCAGCCCCCGCCCCUCAGCACAGCUGGCAAAGACUUUGUCAUCCUCUACAACCACUUCCGAACACUGGCUCCCUCGGCUCCAAUGGAAGACUUGUUUCUGGGGGUGUGGCAGUGAACCAGCCCAUGGGGGCUCCUGGACAGGGAGGUUCUUUUUAAAAGAAAAUUAUUUUAAUGACUAUAUUUAAAAACCUUUUUUAUUGCAAGAAUGUGAGGCAGUGACAACCACCCUCCCUUCCCCUCUCCCCACUUCCCAGUUCUCUUACCCUUCCUCAUCCCUGUCUGCUGGCUUAAGAGCCCAAAACUGAAAUGGGAAAUGUGUGGCAGAACCCUGAAAGAAUCAUCAUUCCAUCUCCCCCCUGGAGCUCUUUGUAACUCCUAAAAGAGGGUCUCCCCAGCUGUGGAAAGAACCAUAUGAUAUGCACAGUUGGAGGGUUUCCCUAACAGCUACUAUACCUGGAAAUCUGGGCCUACAUGAGGAAGUGUGCCCAAAUCCCCCUCUGUGGCUAAGCAGUGUUGUCAGUCAGAAUUCCUGGGUAUUAGCAUUCCAAAGAGCCAGCCAGACCACGAGGUGUCUCUGCUUAAUGCUUCUUUGCUGAGGCUAGGGCUGCAGAAAUGAAAGGACCUACAGCUGCCAGAGUACAAGGAGGCCACACUGCCUUUUGUACACUUAGCCACAGGAUCCCAUCUCCUCUUGAGGUGGUCACAUAGCCAGAGGUGACAGUUGUGCACCUGAGUAGUGCUGGCUCUUCUGAGGUGCUCAGUUGGCCAGUGAUAUCUCCUUGGGUGCCUUCCCUUCUGGCCUUCAGCAACCUCCAUCAGGUUGGGUGGGGCCCUCUUCCGGGGUAAAUGAUCACUGCUUGGGACAUAGUUUUCCAAAUCUGUGAGCCAUCCUUUUCCCCUGGAUCCUGCCCUGUCCCACCAGACAUACCCACAUGUACACAUCCACACCCAUCCUACCGCCUCAUCCCCACUUCCUGAUGUUUUCAAAGUUGGAAACCCAAGACUCGCUCCGUGGUUGGGAGAUCUCAAUUGAAAAUAGUUGCAUUCAGUGGUCCUUCUAUAGGCCUGGGGAGCAGCAUGGAGAGGGCUGAGUCUGCCCUCUCAGGAAGAGCUAUCAUGACCUGACCAUGUGAAGUUACUCCUUCCUUUGGGAGUUCCUCAUUAUGGCCUGUUUUUUUGAGGGUGGAGUGGUGGUCUUUUUAUGUUUAUCAUAUGGGUAUGUAAGCACCCUGAAAGAAUCAUCACUGUCCCUAAGUGGCUGGAGAGUUGUCCCCCAAGGCUUUGUGGGAACCAGAGAAACCAAGGCGUCCAGGAACUGGAGAGAAAGCCCCCACUGGGUCUUGAUUUGGGUCAGGGCAGGAAAGUUUGAAAGCAUGUGUCUUGAAGCAGGUUUUCAAAGUGAAAUUGGAAGUAGUGACUGAUGUGCCAAAGGUGAGAAGGAAAUUGGGAUCUUGGAGCCAAAGCUGAGUCAUAUCCUUCCUCUAGUAAUGACUUUCCUAGAUUCUUGGAUCUGUGCGUGUGUUGCUGAGAAUAGGCCAACCCAGGGAGGGAAUCCCCGAUAUAAGAGCUGGGUACAUUUGCUGCUUGGCCUGGCUCUUUACAGGGCCAGUAAUGAGGGAUGUGAGGGGAGAGGGAAGUUAUCUACAAGGGCUCACAGACUAGAAAGCUGGCCAGUCAGCAGCUCUGCAUAUCUGGAUUAUCUUCAGCAUCCCUGAUCAGCCUAAAAUUUGGGGGUAGAACCCUCAAUAGGAAAAGUGAGCUUGAGCCCCACAAGGCUAGAAAGACUGGGGUGACAGCUUUUAGACAGUACCCACACCAUGCUUCUUGAGGUCAGGAGUCAUUGGUCCAGUUUAGAUGGAGUAUUGAACCAGAGAUAAGAGAAAGGAGAGGACAGAGGAUGGCCCCUUAGGAACUAUGGGAUUUAAACUAGGGACAUCACUCUUCCCCCCCCCCCAACUGAAAGAUCUCCUGACCAUAAGGAAUCUCUAAAGAUGCCAGAACCCUUCUUUCUCCUUUCCCACACUCAGUUCUCAGGCUAGCUGAGGCUGCCACUAGUUUUAGGGAGGAAAGAAGAGGGAACACCAGGUGUCUGCUUGGGCUUCUGCACUAGAGGUCAUGUCCCAGGCUGACCCCCAACCCCCAUCCUCUACAGGGAGGGAGGGUCAUUAUUGAUAGGUUUUUCUUGUUGUUGCAGUUGUUGUCGGGGUAGGGGGUGGGGAUCAUGGGAGGGCAGAGGCCAGACUGGAAAGUGGGGAGCCCUCAGCUUUUGGGGUCAACUCCAGGGCCUGGAGCCUGUCCCCUAGGGAGGUGGUGGGCCCAAGUUUUCUCACAACUCCAGUUUUAAUAAAACCCAGUGAGCUGA